AUGGGUAACAGAAUUUCUUAUAACAAAUUUAACAAGAAUAAAAAUAACAAAAACCAUGAUGAUUCUGGUAGUAGCGGCAGGAGUAGUAUCAAUGAUGAAUCAUAUCAAUAUGUUAAUGGAAGAAGAUAUUUAAAGGAUUGUAACAGAUAUAUGCUACCGAAUGAUGAUGAAGAAAUUGAUAGGUUACAAUCACAGCAUUAUUUACAUUGGCAAAUAUGGAGAUCAAAUUUCUCGUCCCCAAUUGAAACAAUCUUGAAAUUAGGUGGGGUUGAGGUACUUGAUGUCGGAUGUGGGUCAGGAUUAUGGUCGUUGGAGAUGGCUGCACUCUACCCUUUAUCCAACUUCACAGGGAUAGAUAUCGCGCCUCAAUAUCCAAUGGACACCCAUCCCUUGAACACAACGUUUGAAUCAGUUGACAUUACACGAGGUUUACCCUAUCCGGAUCAUAGAUUCGAUUUUAUUCACGUUAAAGUUUUAUUAUCCUAUAUACCUGAAAAACAUAUGAAAUUGGUAAUCAAUGAAUUAAUGAGAGUUUUAAAACCCGGUGGAUGGUUAGAAAUUAUGGAUUAUGGUGAUAUCAUUAAUCCCGGUCCUGCUUUUACAACCUUUUAUAACGCAUUUGUAGCGUUAUGGAGUCAACGCGGUAUCAACGUUUAUUUGUGCAGGGAGUUGGAAAAACUUUUACCUAAAUACGGAUUGGUUGAUGUUCACUUUGAAGAAAAGGUAACAAAGUUCGGAAAGAAAGGUGGACCUGUUGGCGUAAGAAGCGUUGAAGAUUGGGAGACCGUUUUUUUAAUAUUUCAAAAGUUGCUUUUAGAAUUUUCAUGCAUGGAUUCCGAAUCUUACUGUAAAUUGAUACAAGAUUUUAAAGAGGAAGUAGAUGAAUAUGAGUCCGCGUUUAAAUUAUUCAGAUUCUACGGACGAAAACCUCAAACAAAAUUCCUUUUAUAA